AUGGACGACAUAAUAUACGAAGCAGCCCUCUUGCAGUCCAAAAAUUCAGAUCAUCAUGGUAGUCAUACAACGCAGGCUUCUGUUGAUUGUUCCACACUCGAGCUGAGAGAGGGGAGAGCAGGCGUUACAGCCUCUCCUCCUGCACAUCCAGUCUUUAUUGUGCCAGGAAUUGCGGGUAGCGGCUUGAUGGCUAGCGCUCAAGGCGCGUCACUGCCCUUUUGCAGCCCGUCGCCAGUAGAUUACCCUGUGCCCUUCAGAUUGUGGGCCUCUAUCUCUCUGGUGAGGCCCCCACAGUCCCACCAGCUCUGCUGGCUGGACAUGAUGCAACUAAAUGUGGACGCCACGGGCGAGAAGUACGAGAGCAAGGAAGGACUUGUUGUAGAGGUAGAUUCAUUUGGGGGAGCCCACGGGUUUGACUAUUUGGACUAUUAUUACAAUGAGAGAUUUGGGGUUCCUGGCACUGCCUACUUCCACGAGACGCUACGGACUUUGUAUGCAAACGGCUACCAGGAAGGUCAGUCUCUUGUUGGCAUUCCGUAUGACUGGAGAUUUCCGCCCUGGCAGAUGGAUUUUAGGCGUUUGAAGAAGGAAAUUGAGACGCAUGUGGAGGCGAUGGGCGGUGCGAAGGCCGACCUGCUGGUCCACAGUCUGGGGUCUUUGGUUUGCAACUAUUUCUUGAACAAAGUGGUGACUCAGGAGUGGAAGAACAAAUACAUCAAUUCAUACACACUUGUGGCUCCUGCAACGGGGGGCAGCUUCAAGGCCAUUAAGGCCAUUCUCACUGGCUACAACGAUCCGGUGGAUCUUACAUUCUGGAACUUCUUGGACAUCUCGCUUAUCCCUACAGGGAUACUGAGGGAGCUCGCGCGUAGCUUCGGCUCUAUAUACACUCUGCUGCCUGAUAUCAACCUUUAUGGGAAGGACCACGUCGUGAUACGACAGCUAUUGUCGAAAGGUGGAGGAGCACCCCUGUCUGUCGCGCUCUCGGGAGCUGCAGAAGAGAAGCCGUCCCCCGCUGCAGCACCUGGGGCUUUUCGAAAUCUUGAACUCCGUCGUUUGGAGAGGCAACCGACCGCGGAGGACGAGGAGGAGGCCGAUUCUGUUACUGCUGCCCAGCGGGAGACAGUGAGGGAACAGCGGGUGCAACAGGAGACAGAGAAGAUGAUACAGCAACACCUGAGGCAACUGGAGCGGCAUGCGUCGGAAUCCCAGAGGAAAGUGGAUGUCCUUAAGGGGCUGGCGGGGGCAGCCGACGUCGAAGAAAUCGUGUAUACGCUUGGUAACUGGACAGUCCUGUUGGAUCCGGAGCUCAGGACUCGAGCAAAUGCUGCGUUGCAGCACAUGGAAGGGGUGCUUCAGGACCCUGGGGUCCCCACGCGUUGUAUUUGGAGCGUCUUUGCCUUCCCCUCAACUGACAUCAGUUACAUUUAUACUGGAAAUGAUCUCAGUCGCAAGCCUGUCCCGGUUUUGGACGUUGGCGACGACACUGUGCCUCUACGUUCUCUCUCCGUCUGCGCGGGAUGGAGUUCUACUUUCGAGGUAAAGACGUUCAAAAACUUGGACCACAUGUUCAUCUUCGCUGAUGGAGGUUUCAACAGCUACAUCCAGCUUGCAUUCAGCUCUGAGCCAAGCCGCCCGCAUGGAUGA